GGUUGGCCUCUGCAGACAGACAGGGCCCUGAGGUCCCAGGACCCAAGUGAGUGGAAGUCCAUCAGAAGCCCCUGUGCGUCCUGCCUGAGCCAUGGACACCCACAAGGAACCCCCCAUUGUGUCCCUGGUCCCCGCAUAUUCUAAGGACCCUCAGGCGAAGAUGUCCGCCCAAGAGAGUUGCCUCAGCCUCAUCAAGUACUUCCUCUUCGUUUUCAACCUCUUCUUCUUUGUACUAGGAGGCCUGAUUUUCUGCUUUGGCACCUGGAUCCUCAUUGACAAGACCAGCUUCGUGUCCUUUGUGGGCUUGUCCUUCGUGCCACUGCAGACCUGGUCCAAGGUCCUGUCGGUCUCGGGUGUCCUCACCAUGGCCCUGGCUCUCCUGGGCUGUGUGGGGGCUCUAAAGGAGCUGCGCUGUCUUCUGGGCCUGUAUUUCGGAAUGCUGCUGCUCCUGUUUGCCACACAGAUUACCUUGGGGAUCCUCAUUUCCACUCAGCGAGUCCGGCUGGAGCGAAGGGUGCAGGAAUUGGUGUUACGGACCAUCCAGAGCUACCGCACGAAUCCGGAUGAGACAGCUGCUGAGGAGAGCUGGGACUAUGCGCAGUUUCAGCUGCGCUGCUGCGGUUGGCAAUCUCCGCGGGACUGGAACAAGGCCCAGAUGCUGAAAGCAAACGGGUCCGAAGAGCUCUUUGUGCCCUGCUCCUGCUACAAUUCCACCGCGACCAAUGACUCCUCCGGCUUUGAUAAGCUCUUUCUCUCCCAGCUAAGCCGGCUGGGGCCGCGGGCGAAGCUGAGGCAGACUGCUGACAUAUGUGCACUCCCCGCAAAAGCCCAUAUAUACCGUGAGGGCUGCGCGCGGAGCCUCCAGAAGUGGCUGCACAACAAUAUCAUCUCCAUAGUGGGAAUUUGUCUGGGAGUCGGUCUUCUUGAGGUGAGCGGGAUGGCGCUGUGUCUGCAGCUACAGCGCCGAGCUAUGGGCGGAGAGCCUGCGCUGCCGCUGCCGGGAGCCGAGGGUUCGAACCCUACGCCAGGGCUGAACGCUGAAGGCAGCGGCGGGCGCUGGGGCGGGCUAAGCAGCUGCAGCGGACGCAGUAGCAUCCCGUGGGGCAGCUGGGGCAUGGCGGGUGCCUGCCCCACAUGGGGGGACAAGGCUCCACAAGGCAAGCUACCCAUGGCACUGGGCCCCUGGCCCUUGUGGGAUUCAGAGGAGGAACCACCUGAGACCGAAAGUGCGGGAACUGAGGAGGUCGAGGCACAUCCGGAGGCUGCCGAGCCUCCAGAAUAAAGGACCCUAGGCUUGCCUUGA